AUGCAAGCUCCACACAAGCGCACCGAAGGCGAUCCCGGCAAGUUGCAGGCUCCCGAUGUGGUAGAGCGUCGGCUCGCACUCGCGAGCGAAAAUGUUCAGCAUGUUGCAAACCAGGAUUCCGGACUGUGUGCGCACUGCUGGCUGCCAGAGACGAAACAAAGAGCCGUAGCCUGCGAGGAGGAGAGCCGGAAGAAGGCUGAGCAGUACAAGAACGGGGGCGGCUGCGUGGAUGAUCAGGCAUUGGCGGGAAAGUGA